GCGUCCGGUCAGCCGGGAGGGCUCCCGGGGCGGCCUUUGGGCCCCGGUUCUCCUUCCUCGCCGGCCUGGAGGGGCCGGGGAGGGAACGUGUCGCCCGGCGCCGCGAUCCGCAGCGGCUUUAACUGAAAUAUAAUCAUCGUCCCCUCCGUCAGGGCGCGCAGGAGCCGCGCGGGGGUCGAGCCCCGCGUCCCCGUUCGCCCCAGCCCCGCGUUGCGCCUCGGGGAGCCGGGGACACAGAAGCUGUGUAAGGAAGGGUCUCUGUCUCCUGUUCCAUCCGGGGAGGGCUGAGCGCACUGAGGAUGCAGCAGUCUGAAGCAUAAACAUUAAUAAUACAAAUCACUUCAAAACAAGCAGUGCUGGCAGGAUGCUGGUCUCCCUGCUCUUUCCCCAAGUAAGCCGACCCCUUCGUUGCCUCGUCCGGGACUUGCACCAUUGCAUAUGGAGGUUGGGUGGGCAGAAGAGGUCUGGCUGUUCCUGCAGGGGUCUGCAGACCACAGGGGCAGCCUACAGCAGUGACGUUGCUCCUGUCUUCACUAAGGCUUUGGCUUUCGGUGAUAAAAUUGCCAUCAUUGACCAAAAUGGUGAGCACACUUACAGGGACCUUCUCAGCCAGAGUCUGCGCUUGUCCCAGGAGAUCUGUAGAGCUCUGGACUGCUCUAGCAGGGACUUGAAAGAAGAGAGGAUCUCAUUUUUGUGUCCCAAUGAUGCCUCAUAUGUGGUGGCCCAGUGGGCUUCCUGGAUGAGCGGCGGCAUAGCGGUGCCCCUUUACAAGAAACACCCUGUGACGGAACUGGAGUACGUGAUUCAGGAUUCACAGAGCGCUCUGGUGAUUGCAGCAGAGGAGUAUGUGGGGAAAAUAACGCCAAGCGCUGAGAAGCUGGGAGUCCCGGUUCUGCCACUUCUUAGGUCUUGUAGUGAUGGAUCUGCAAGUCACCCAGCAGUGGAAGAGGGUCCCUUGACAACCUGCUCCUCAUGGAAAAACAGAGGAGCCAUGAUAAUCUACACUAGUGGGACCACUGGAAGACCGAAAGGUGUCCUCAGUACCCAUGAGAACGUGCAAGCUGUGACCACAGGGCUGGUUGAAAAAUGGGAGUGGAAGAAGGAGGAUGUUAUUCUGCACGUGCUGCCUUUACACCAUGUCCAUGGAGUGAUCAAUAAGCUCCUCUGUCCUCUCUGGGUGGGAGCGACCUGCGUCAUGUUACCCGAAUUCAAUGCGCAGAUGGUUUGGAAGAAGCUCCUAAGCUCUCAAGCUCCCCGUAUCAGUGUCUUUAUGGCAGUGCCCACUAUUUAUGCCAAGCUGGUAGAGUAUUAUGACAAGCAUUUUUUUCAGCCUCAAGUCCAGGAUUUCGUGCGUGCCUUUUGCCAAGAGAACAUCAGGUUAAUGGUUUCAGGCUCAGCAGCCCUGCCUGUGCCUGUCCUGGAGAAGUGGAAGAGCAUCACUGGGCACACGUUGCUGGAGAGGUAUGGGAUGACUGAGAUUGGGAUGGCGCUUUCUAACCCUUUGCAUGGAGUCCGUAUCCCAGGUUCUGUGGGAACUCCGCUUCCAGGGGUGGAAGUGUGCAUUGCCACCGAGACCUUGAAAGACGGUGCUCGUUCCUACACCAUCCAUGCUCAGGGAGAUGAAAGCAACACACAGGUGACGCCGGGUCUGGAGGGGCAAGAAGGGGAGCUGCUCGUGAGGGGACCCUCUGUCUUCCGCGAGUACUGGAACAGACCCAGAGAAACAGAAGAUGCCUUCACACCUGAUGGCUGGUUCAAAACAGGAGACACGGCAGCGUACAAAGAUGGUGUUUACUGGAUCAAGGGCCGCACCUCAGUAGACAUCAUCAAAAAUGGGGGGUUCAAAAUCAGUGCUCUGGAGGUGGAACGUCAUCUGCUCGCGCACCCACACAUCACAGAUGUGGCCGUGAUUGGACCUCCAGACAUGGUCUGGGGCCAGCGGGUUAGUGCCGUCGUGCAGCUGCGCAAGGGUGAGAUGCUGUCUGUGAAGGACCUGAAGGACUGGGCCAGGGACACCAUGGCACCGUACACCAUCCCAACCGAGCUGAUUGUGGUGGAGGAGAUCCCACGCAAUCAGAUGGGGAAAGUCAACAAGAAGGAGCUUCUGCAGCGCUUUUACCCAACCUAAUGCACCCUCUACCACAGUGCUGACAAGGUACCAGCAGUGAUUAGCAGCGGCAGCUCUGGGCUUACUGGUCUAAUAAAAGUCGGAUUCGUCCCACAUGGGCUCCUCUUUGGCUGAAUGAAGCCCGAGCUGCAGGGCCACUGUCCUUGUCAAGUGCUGCUUGCAGGAGGCUUGGGGCAGCCCUGGGUCUAGAAGCAAAAUGUGGGAUGAAUGCUGGGGGGACCUGGGAUCAGGGCUGCCCCCCCUGCCAGUGCUGGCGGCAGGCAUGUGCCAGCCAAAGUUGCUCUAUUUAUCCGGCACGUAAGCGGUGGGAGGCAGGUGAAAAACAGAGCACAAACACCUCUGCAUCCACCCUAAUUUGGUCCCAGCAGACAAGCCCCGCUGGCCCUCAGUGGGUCUCGGCACAUGAUGCUGGCCCAGCAGAGCCUCUCUGCCUGGGUGGGGAGGUCUGUCCAGGCACCCUGGCUCUCCUACCUUGCCUUCCUCUGCCUCUCUGGAUGCUCAUCCUUGUUCCCAUUACUGCCUUCCUCUGCCUGUCUGGAUGCUCAUCCUUGUUCCCAUUACUGCCUUCCUCUGCCUCUCUGGAUGCUCAUCCUUGUUCCCAUUACUGCCUUCCUCUGCCUGUCUGGAUGCUCAUCCUCGUUCCCGUUACUGCCUUCCUCUGCCUCUCUGGAUGCUCUUCCUUGUUCCAGCUCUGCCUCAGGCCACGCGCAACUUAUCGCCAGAUAAAAUUGCUCUUCAGAUUAAACUCCUGCCUUCAGCCAGCUGCGGUGAUGCCAGGCAAUUUUGCCACCUCUCUGCCUUUUCCCAUGGACUCAGGGAUUUCCCCAUAGUUUGGUUCAUAGAGAGG